AUGCUGGUCUGGUGGGGCGGGCGACUCUACUACUCCGACGCCUUGGUCUGGCUGGCCGCCGGCGGCAUCGCGGCGAGCGCGCCCUUGGCGUGGACCGCCGGCGUGUGGCCGGAGGAGUGCCUCAGCGUCGCCGGGCUGCAAGUGCUCGACUGGUGCCUCUCCGCGACCGUGCUCCACUGCAUCGUGGGCGCGUGGCUGCGGUGGAGCCUGCUGCCGGGCUGGGCGGCCGGGCGGCCGUCCUUGUACGUGCUCCGCGCGACGAGCGCGCUGGUCGGCUCCGCGUCGCUCCUCUGGCUGGUGGCGACCCUGGUGCCGCGCGCGGUGCUAGGCGUGAGCGCGCUGCUCAGCGUGAGCCUCUCCCUCAGCGGCGCGUGCUGGUCCGCCGCGCUCUGGCUGCAGCUCCAGGAGUGCGGCCUCGCGGCCGCGCUGCCGCCCUCGCUGCGCGCCGCCCUCCUCCACACGCCGCCGCUCGAGCUUCUGGGGAGGGACGCGCCGCUGGCGCAGGCGAUGUGGGAAUACAGGCUCUCGGAGCUACUUCGACCGUGGGAGAGCGGGCCGGGGUACUUGCGCGUCUCGCCGCUCGAGGAGGCGAUCCCCACGCUCGGCGGCGGAGACGGCGGAGCCGGCGGAGACGGCGGCGGCGGCACAGGCACUGGUGGCAGCGCUGGCGGCGGCAGCCGCAUCGGCGGCGUGGGCGGCUCAGCUGCUGGCUCGGCUCGCGGCGGCGGCGGCGAGGCGAGCACCGCACCUGGCGCCGCCCCAGGCGCCGCCCCAGGCGCCGCCCCAGGCGCCACUGGGGGGUGCGCAUCGCAGCUGCCGCCAUGGAGCGCGGGCGAAGCUCCCGAGUGGCUACUGCUGUUUGUGCUGCGCCAGCACGCGCUGCGCUUCCUCGGAGGCGGCGCCGGGCUGCGCCGGCUCCGCAGGCUGGGCUGGGGCGCGGCGCGGGCGGUCGCCCUGGCGGCCGUGGCGCUGCUGCUCGUGCGGAACCGCAGGCGGUUGCGCGGCUUGCUCCCGUCGGGGCUGCGCCAGUGGCUGCUCAUGGCGACCGCGGUCGCGCUGGCGCGACACACGCUCGGGCAGCAGCAAAAGGACCGGCACCGGUGAGGGGAACGUUCCCGCUGUUCGCGUUUGCAUUUUCUUUUUUCGAGAGAGAUGUAAGUUGUAGCAUGU